CAACGCAGAGAACCCAAGAUGGCCAGAUGUCUUGUUUUGGGACUGGCAGUGACAUGCAUCAUUGCACUGGUCACCAGCACACCUGCAGAUUUUGAUGAAAUGAUUAAAGUGACCACCAUCGUUUAUGGCCUAGCUAACUUCUCUGAUUAUGGCUGCCACUGUGGAGCCAACACUAAAGGAAGACCUGUGGAUACUAUUGAUUGGUGCUGCCAUGAACAGGCCUGCUGCCACAACGAGGCAGAAAUGAGAGCAUGCAACCCUGUGACUCAGACUUACCGCUUCUAUACUGAAGAGGAACAGAAGGUUAAAUGCAUGAAAGCUCGUGAUCGCUGUGAGAAGAUGGUCUGUGAAUGUGAUGAAAAAGCUGCAAAUUGUUUCCGGAAGGAGCUGGAAAAUUACAAUGUAAAUUUCCGAAACUUCUCAGCCCUUGGAGUGUGCAAAGGGGCAAGGCCUUUCUGUUAG